AUGGAACCAUACCCCUGGGGUGAUCCUCGUUUGCCACACCAUUUGUUUCCACCAAAGAAGAUUACUCCUGAUGAAUUGGCAAAACAAACAGGGGCGCUUUAUUUCAAAAUUGAUACAACAAAUCAAGUGGCUAUGUCGAAAAGAAUUGCUUUACUAAAAUUGGAAAGGAAUUUAACAAAAGAAGAUACAUAUACUUUGGAUGCAGAGAAUACAAUUGAAUUCAAGGAUAAGAUUGAAGAACUAUUCGAGGAAUCCGAACUGUCCGAUGAAACAGCUCGUUUGAUAAUCGAAGGUUCUGCAUAUUAUGAUAUCGAGGAUGGGAGUGGUAACUGGGUUCGAAUACUUUGUGAAUACGGUGAUUUAUUAAUAUUACCGGCUGGAAAACAUUACAGGUUUACUACAACACCAGAGGUAUUCACUACUUGA